AUGUUGCUCACUAGCAUUGUGUUGCUGCUGGCUGCCGGCUUGUUCGGAUCCGGUCGUUCCUUCGCUUUCAAAACCAGUUCUCACGACUACUUUGUCAACAGCGGUCUCAGCCCCUGUCCAGUGGUUUGCGAGCUGGUUGGAUCCAAUGCGGCGAAUUGGACGCGUUAUGCAGACCCGAGUUUCCUCAACGCAUGUGCUCGAAAGCCGAAGUUGGUCAACUUCCUGGUAGAAAAGGCUCCGAACGCCUUCACGCAAUCCAUUCCCAUCAUUCGAGCUUGCACUACAUACCGCGGAAGAGCCGUCUUCGAUGCACAGUUCGAAGCGUACGCAGCAAUCGAGAACGAUCAUACUUUGCAAUUAGCCACGCCUAACAUCACUGUCAUGGUUGGGGAAGCCAAGCAUAAGGUUAUCACGCCUCAAUUUGUUACUACAAUCAAAGAACUUCAGGCAUCACUGCUGUUCGAUCAUAGCGAAGAAUCCGGAACGACCGCAGUCACGGUACACUACGGAAACACCGUCGUUGGCGUACACGUUGGGGCCGCCAUCAACAAGCCUGGAGUAGCUAUCACGGCUCUAGAUCAGCUACUCGAUCACAUUAGGGUCUCCGAUGCGCCCCAUUACUCGACGCUAGCACUGCAGGUCUGUGACCAAGGGUCGCCAACGGACUAUAUCUUGGGGAUCUUCGCGGACAACACUCCAGGAGAGGCAUUCGACAGAGUAGCUUCAGCUCUUGCAUCCUGGCAGAAUGCAACUUGUAUCGGAAAGGUCGGGCAAGACAUCAGUCUCGGACAGACAACGCUAUGGUACACCAACGCUACGACACAUGCGUACCUUAUAGAGCCCCCCAUCCAGACAAACAUAUCCUGGCAUAACGAUACGCUUACAACUGGCUUGGUUCGUCGCGCAGAUUGUAAAACUAUCCAGGUUGUUUCUGGAGACGGCUGCGGUGCUCUUGCUUCGAAAUGUGGUAUUAGUGGUGCUGAUUUCACGAAAUACAACCCCGGCAGCUCGUUCUGCUCCAAUCUCAGACCAGGACAGCGGGCCUGUUGCAGCAGUGGUACCCUUCCUGACUUCCGCCCCAAACCAGAUUCCGACGGCAGCUGUGCUUGGUACCUUGUAAAGGCAGGGGACUGGUGCGACAGUAUCGCCGCCAGCAAUGGACUCAAACUGAGUGAUCUCGACGAAUUCAACAAGCAAACAUGGGGCUGGUCAGGGUGCGAUAUCCUUUACGCUGGUAUCAAGAUGUGUCUCAGCUCUGGUUCGCCUUCCAUGCCGGCGCCCAUCGAGAACGCUGUUUGCGGACCACAAAAGCCUGGCACUUCAUCACCAUCUAAAGGCACAGAUCUAUCAAACCUGAAUCCAUGUCCUCUCAAUGCUUGUUGCAAUGUCUGGGGCCAGUGUGGUACUACCGCCGACUUCUGCACCAGGGCAUCGCUGGGUCCUCCAGGGACAUCAGAGCCUGGUAAAAAUGGUUGCAUUUCGAAUUGUGGUACAAACAUUGUGAACAAUGACCAAGCACCUAAAAACUUCAUGAAGCUGGGCUACUUCGAGGCCUGGAACAAGAAGGAAAGACCGUGUCUUCACAUGGACGUCACUCAAAUCGACAAAAGUUAUACGCACGUACAUUUCGCGUUUGCGGACGUCACACCUCAGUUCAGUGUCACAAUAGGGCCGGUCCGGGAACAAUUCGAAAAGUUUGUCAACAUGCGGGGGCCCAAGCGUAUCCUUGCCUUUGGUGGCUGGACAGCAUCUACAAGUCCCAGCUCAUAUUGGAUCUUUCGUGAAGGCGUUAAACCCGCCAACAGGGACAUACUCACCACACAUAUCGCCAACUUUGUUCGCAACAACAACCUGGACGGAGUCGAUAUUGAUUGGGAGUAUCCAGGAGCGCCAGACAUACCGGGCAUUCCUGCCGCGGAGCCGAUCGAUGGCGCGAACUAUCUCGCGCUACUCAAGCUUUUGAGAGCCAAACUAAAUAAAGAGAGUAUAUCCAUCGCUGCACCGGCAUCCUACUGGUACCUCAAAUCGUUUCCGAUAAACGAAAUCGCGAAGGUCGUUGACUAUAUAGUCUACAUGACAUACGACCUCCACGGCCAAUGGGACUACAAUAACGCAUGGGCCAAUCCAGGCUGCCCAAGAGGCAACUGCCUGCGCUCGCAUGUCAACUUGACCGAAACGAUGAACUCUCUGUCCAUGAUCACCAAGGCUGGUGUUCCCAGUUCCAAGAUUAUUGUUGGAGUAUCUAGUUAUGGUCGGUCAUUCCGCAUGACAGAGUCUUCGUGUACCGGACCGCUCUGCACGUUCUCCGGACCGGAGUCCAGUGCUGCUAAAGGCGAAUGCACCGGAACAGCUGGCUAUAUAGCAAACGCGGAAAUAUCCAAAAUACUCGGAAGCGGCCUAGCAGGGAGAUACUACGAUGUCGAUUCCGAUUCAGACGUAUUGGUUUACGGUUCUGAUUGGGUCGCAUAUAUGGGUGACGGUAUCAAAGAUAAGCGGACUGAUCUUUACCGGAGUCUUAACUUCGGUGGAACAACAGAUUGGGCCGUUGACUUGGCUGCAUAUGUUCCAGAUGCUGGUGAAGGAAAUGGUGAGGACGGAAUCGCUCUGCCAAUCGAGACUGAUGAUGAUUGGAAAGAAGUGGGCUGCGACCACCCUCUGGCAGACGAUGAAAACGCAAAUGUGAUCGAGCGAUGGGAGCAGCUCAAGUGCAAGAGUGCCUGGGAUGCUGGUAUCACUGAGUGGCACGGAGGAGUCAAUCCCAACGAGCUCUCCUUUGUGCGGUUCUUGAGUAACUUUUGGAAGGGUCCGGUUGACAUGGAGUGCAAUGUGACGGCCGAGGAGAAUGGUUGCUUCGUCGGCGUGAAAUGCGACGACAAAUUAUCCCCGGGAGCGGCGAUGAUAUUGCGUGGCUUCACGAAAGUCAGCAAGGUAAGCAAAGAUCUCCGUGGUCUCCUACCUUUGGCUGACGCAACCUCGAAGCUUCAACACAACUUUUAUGAAGGGAUGAAGGAUGCCAGCAAUACGGCCGACUCUCAAAUGGACAGCUUCACGAGUACAUUCGCCCCAGAAGUAAAGCCAGACGAAUCAUUGGAUUGGCUAUUCAGCUUUCUCGGUAUCGGCCUUGGUAUGGUUGGAGGGCCAUUGUUUCAAAAGGCCUUCGCAACCUCAAAAUUCUUCAUCAAAAACCCAACUGCGCAAGAGACGAUGCAAGAGACUGUCAUGUCCGGAGUCGAUGUUGGCAUUUCGAAAGCAAACGAUAUGCUCAAAGAGGGCACGGUUGUGGAAACAUCCAAGCAGGAGCUCAGUGAUGCGCUCAUGGCACUCACUGAAAAUUGGAAAUUCAUCAUCGAUAGCUCUACCGCCGCGCUUUUUAGUGGUUUGACCGAUCGCGACAUAGAGCACCUGUUUACGCUCAUCAAUCAGAACAAAAUGAUUUUAACAUCAUUGGAAAGCACGAUAGACAUCGAGAAGCGUGUACUUCGAGCCCUCUACGCCUAUCUGAUUCCAUACGCAUGGCGACUACGCGGCAUCACACCAGUGCUUCUUGAUGACGGCCUCAGCUGCGACGACGUCGGCAGUGGCGACUACGACUACAUAUAUCCAGAUGAGACCGAAAAGAUCGCCGUUUGUGUUGACGACAAGAACUACUUCCUCCUUGACCCGAAAGGAUUGGCAAUAGAGUGCUUCCAAACUCCGCACUCUGGGGACAGAUGCACGGAGCUGCCGCUGUCGUUACUACCUGGAUUCGACGGGUUGGGCGAGGUUGAAGAUGAUACGAAGCCUAGUGACGAACAGAGACUCGUAUGGGGUGGCAUCACAAGGGACGACAUUGUGAAAGGCAUCUUGUCUCGGUUUGCCGCCAAAGGGAGUAACAAGGAUCUCGACAAGCCACCCGAGAUAGACACGGAUGAAGGCAAACAAAUUCUUUGGGAUCAGAUCGACGGCGGGGACAUUGUUCUUGUACCUGGGGUUGUACAAAUUCCAAAGUGCGGCGCUGCGGAGGUUCGUUUGAAUUGGCGCAAGAAGCAAGCUGGAAACGAUAUGGAUUACCUCGAGUAUCCAUGCAAUCCAUCGUGA